CAAGGAAAUAAGGAGAGAGGAAAGGAAAGAAAAGACCUGGGCCCUCUGCCUCUCUGAACGCUGGCAGGCAUCUGUCAGUGAUGAAAGAUGACUGUUGGAUGGGCAACCAAGAGUGUCCAAAAGGGCAAGACUUUCCACGUGGAAGGAGUUAUUUUUCAGACACCCAAACUGCCUUUACAGCAAAGUUAAGUAGCCCCAUUAUCAUCAGAAUUAUACAGUUCUUCCCCACCUUCCUUCAUGUCUGUCCCUCACUCCAGACAUCAUAAACCGCCCUGUCCUUCGCAGUAAAAUGGUUGGUUUUCUCAACCAAAGAGAUACCAACCGCAGUGAUAAAUGAGGUGAGAAGAAAGGAAGUCAAAACAUGAUUGCGAUAAAGCAUUCAGAAGAGAGAACAAGUGCUCCCAAAGUGCAGAUUCACUGCACUUCAGUUGGGCUGUGAAGUCCUGUGUGGGCUCGAGAUAAGGAUUGGCUGUGGUGAGCGAGGUGGAGAGGAUGAGUUGACUGGGAUAUCCACUGCAAAAUUCCUUCCUCACAAGUCAUGCGGAGAAACCCCUUUGGUGUGGACAUCUGCUGCCGGAAGGGGUCUCGAAGCCCCCUGCAGGAACUCUACAACCCAACUCAACUGGAGCUCUCCAACACCAAUAUCCUGCACCAGAUGAGGCGUGACCAGGUCACGGACACCUGUCGCGCCAACAGCGCCCUGAGCCGCAAGCGGCGCGUGCUGACCCCCAACGACCUGAAGCACCUGGUGGUGGACGAGGACCACGAGCUCAUCUACUGCUACGUGCCCAAGGUCGCGUGUACCAACUGGAAGCGGCUCAUGAUGGUGCUCUCGGGCCGGGGCAAGUACAGUGACCCCAUGGAGAUCCCGGCCAACGAGGCGCACGUGUCAGCCAACCUCAAGACCCUGAACCAGUACAGCAUCCCGGAAAUCAACCACCGCUUGAAAAGCUACAUGAAGUUCCUGUUCGUGCGGGAGCCCUUUGAGCGCCUGGUGUCGGCCUACCGCAACAAGUUCACGCAGAAAUACAACACGUCCUUCCACAAGCGCUACGGCACCAAGAUCAUCCGGCGCCAGCGCAAGAAUGCCACCCAGGAGGCGCUGCGCAGGGGUGACGAUGUCAGGUUCGAGGAGUUUGUGGCCUAUCUCAUCGACCCACACACACAGCGCGAGGAGCCUUUCAACGAGCACUGGCAGACAGUGCACUCGCUCUGCCACCCGUGCCACAUCCACUACGACCUCGUGGGCAAGUAUGAGACGCUGGAGGAGGACUCGAACUACGUCCUGCGGCUGGCGGGCGUGGGCAGCUACCUGAAGUUCCCCACCUAUGCCAAGUCUACGAGAACUACUGACGAAAUGACCACAGAGUUCUUCCAGAACAUCAGCUCAGAGCACCAAACGCAGUUGUAUGAAGUCUACAAACUCGAUUUUUUAAUGUUCAAUUACUCAGUGCCAAGCUACCUGAAAUUGGAAUAAAGGGGGUGGGAGAGGGAGAGGAUCGUGCUUUUUAAUUUAAGAUUUUUAUUUGUCAAAAGAAUUAUAUGGAUAUUGGGUUAUUUUGUAAAGUAAUAUUUCUUUGGGGAUGAUGCUGCGAGCAGCAUGGUGAGAAUUAUUUAAAAUCCUUAGUAGGGAAGGACGGCUGUCUUUGCAAGAGAAUAGGAUGGUGUCCUUGUGUUUAGACGUAAAUACCUACCUGCAACACUGUCUUAAAGGUUUCCUUGUGCUCUGGUGAAUUCCAUGAAUUGUGCAUCCCAUAAAUUCUAAUUAAUAUUAUUUAUAGUUAUUUAAACAUGGUCUCUGUAUAGAUUUCUUUUUGUGGCAGCAAGAUUCAAAUGUCUUUGCAGAAGAAAUGUGUGUUUUGUUCUACGCUUGCUACAGCUCAUUUGGGGGCGUGAAUGUUCUCCUUACUAACCGCUCAGAGAGUGAACUGUGAUAACAGCCAUUGUGAUGUCUGUUGAUGCCACCAUUCUUGGAAGUCUGUGAGAAAUAAAUAGAGAAAGGCACCUUUGCAGGGGACCAUUCCAAACAGAUUCCGAGCAACCCAAGAGUCCCUCGCACUAAGAAAAAAUGUGAUUUUUUUUUUUUAACCCAAGGAGAAGAGCUGAUUAUAGCUUUUUUUUUUUUUCUUCUUUUUUUUUUCACCAGAAUUAGCAGUCUGAUAGAAUAGGCUUUUCUACGAAAUUUUUAACUGGCACUGCCAGUUGUGAUGGUGAAGUGGCUGUUGCUUUAUAGUCAACAAGUAUUUGUUGAACAACUACUCUGUGCCAGGCCUAAAUGUAGGCCCUGGGGAUAGAGCAUUUAACAAAACCAGUAGUCUCGGCCCUCAAGAAUCUUUAUGUGGACGCAGUAUCCAUCUCAACAAUUAGCAAACCCCUCAUAUUCAUGGACUAGACAUGAGGUCCAGACCAUUUUAAACAACCCCAAAAGGUCCAUGACCCCUACAAAUUUGCAUUUUCCUCUGGCCCAAAUUUUGAAAACCCCACACUGAGAACAGGCCACUUAACUUGGUGAGUGAUCCAGGCUCACCGUCCAACACGGGAGAAGACAGAGUGUUUCCCAUCAUGUGCGCUCCCGUGUACUGGGGAAGCCCUGGGACCAGACCCGCCGGGCACAGCAUGCAAGGGUGGGAAGGGGACCUUCACCAAGCGCCUCCUGUCACAUCAGCCUCCGCGUGGGAGUGUUCUCUCCUCUGCUGCGGAAAGCGUGAGAGGCUGCAGCAGGCCUCGCACACCCGCGGUUGGCGGUCGCCCCGCACUCCUCCUCUGGCCAAGGUCACAGCAGGAUCCACUCACUGCACAUGCACACGUGCUCCAGAGCCUGCAGAGGCCGAGGCCAUGGGCACCGUGGCGAGCACCAUGCACAAGCAGCAAGGACAGCCUUCCGUGGCUGGACCCCACGCCCCCCUUUCCACCCGAAGGCCAGGAACACUCCUGUUCCUCACUCAUUACCAUCUGCACAUGCUUCUCACUUCUGGCCAUGGUGAUGCCUCAGUUGAAGUUUGAGCCACAUCCCUCUUACAGCUAGUGAAUGAAUUGGUAGCAAAUCCUGUAUAUAAUAAUAAUUACAGUUCUAAUAAUAGGGGGUGGGGUGGGAGGGGGUGUGGGUAAGUUUUGCUUUUUGUUUUGUUUUUGAUGCAGUAUAUAGCGAAAGGGUGAGAAUAUUCUAAACAAACGAAUAAUUUAUUCACAGAAACUAUUAAAGUUGUAAAACUCACGACCAGCUCAGCAGCAGCGGCCGCAUCUCACCUAGAAUAUGGUUUUAUUGAAUUUGAGUGAGGUGUGUGCGGGAGAAGGGGGCCAAAGCUUCUGAUAAAAUGUGUACCUUCUUCCAAGCUCACUCCCCUUUGUGAAGGACACAGUGACUGUGCCCUCCACGGACAGAGAUGAUGCCGUGUCUUUUACUGAAUAGAGUGACAGACCUCAGCUGUCCCUGGAAUUGGGGGUCUGGGCCCUGUUUGCAGGCAGGGGACACUGUCCUCAGAAAUAGGGCUUCUGCUAAUGAAACACUGUGCAGCGUUUCCUGACAUGUGCCCCACAGAACAGAGAUUCUCAGGAGAUGUGAAGUCAGUGUGAUGCAAAAAAAAAAAAAAAAAAAAAAGAAAGAAAAGGCAUUUGAGGUCAAAUAUCCUUGGGAAACAAACCAAUUUCCCUCUACAGGACUUUUCAGAGCCUUAGGUGUGCGCUGUACAUUAUGAACCCCAAAAGCAUCCUUGAGUUGGUAGCAUUUCCUGAACUUAUGUGACCAGGAUACUCUGUUUUGCAGAUUUCACAGAGACGUUCCACAGAAUACACUUGAGUUAGGUCGAUUUAGCGUAUCCGAGAUCGUCGAGGAUAAAACAACUUCCCUGACCCUUCUACAAAACAAAACAAUAAAACAGCAUCCAUCUGGUUUGUAGCAACAGAGGUACUUUAUCAAACGAAUUAAACUUUUACUUAAGUGCAAUGGUUUUAGCCCUGGAUACCACCCUAGGCAAUCCUGCAUCCCUCCCGAAGGGAGCUGGAGGUUGUCUGGGGUGGGUGGGGGGGCAUAAGACCCCAGAGUCGCCCCCUAACUCCUCAAGGUUGCCUAGGUUGCCUUGAGGAGCGCUCCUUCAAUUCCAGAGUUUGGAAUAGUUCACCAUGUGCUUUGGUUUUCCGAUGGGAAGUCCGUGGGUUUAGCCGAGUUCUGCGUUCCCGCCACCGUCUUAGGUGGGUGGGGUUGGGUGUGCUCGCUUGUGUCACGGGCAGGGUGCCCGCCUUCACCUGCCCCUCCCAGCAGAGAAAGACUGUCCUCACAGGACAAUACGUCCGUGUAGCUCUGCAACGAGGGACUUUCUCCUUGUGUUUUAUGUUCACAUUUUAUUUUGUAAUGGCAUAAAAACUUAAAAAAAAAAUUGAAUCAACUGUUUGGCAGAAUGUAGAAAAAAUUCUGUGUCCUUGGUGUAAAAGAAUCCAUGGGUAAAAAUGUGCCUGGGAAGCAAAAGCUUGUGUUUCUGUUUUUUUGGUUUUUCUUUUUUAAAGAAAACUGUUUGAAAAUGCUUUUCAUUGCAUGCUUAGCUGGAGAAAAGUACAGGCAGAUGUCCCAUCUCCAAGCCACUUUUCAAAGGUGCUGCUGUGUUUUUAAAACCAGGUACAUUUAGGGUAGUAUUUACAAGGACAUCCCUGCUUAGCCUAUCCCUUUGGUUAGAAAACUCUAGAAUAUUAGCCACAGGGUCUGAAUUCCUGCAGCUUCUCUGGACCACCCUCCUGCCCCGCCUCCCCAGCCGGUCUGGGAAGAUGGCAGUCUAUUGACCUGUGGCCUCUCCGUGGGGACCUUCCUCCCUGGCCACCCGGUGAGCUUCACCCCCCUGGUAGCAAAGGUGUGGCAGCACUAGAGCUACUUCCUGCCGGACGAAGCUCCCGGAGAAAAGCCACUGGCGCAGUUAGCUGGUGGGGUUGGGACCCCACAGGAGAACAGGUGCAAGGCCCUGCGCUCACCUAGCAAGAGGCCAAGGGUCAGGGUCCUCCUGGCUGGUGUCAGGCGCCUCUCGAAGACACCCCCCCCCCACCCCUACGAUCCAGGCUGCACUGGCCUAUGCCAUCCUGGGGACCAGACCUUCCCUGGCCCCCUCCUGGGUCAGCGGGACUGACCUCAUGGCACCCCCACCCCCAUUUCUAACACCAGCGCUCCUUCCAGCCUUUUUUCAUCGACUGACUGGGCCCCACGAAUAGGCUGCAGGCCCACAAGCACCAACUUGCCCCUCGGUGGUUGACAGGCCAAUUUUGGUUUGCUGCUCUUGGUCAGUACAGAAGGGGCUGCCCGUGCUACUUUCCAGUGAGCAUGCUCAUUGUGGUGUUUGCACAUACAACUUAACAUCUUCGUGGAGUGUGAGUUUUAUUUUUUACAUAUUUGUAUGCAGUAGAGGGCUUGUUUUAGAAAACUCUCCCUGUAUCUUACUGUACUGUUCAAGAAAGCUGAAUUCCACAUUGCCAACAGAAGCGUGAAAUGUUCAUGAACCUUCCUCCAGGAAAAGCCAUUCAAGCCUGAUUAUUUUUCUAAGUAACUUCAAUUAAAUUGAAGAAAAAAAGAA